GCGACCGAUCAGCCAUGGGCCCAGCGACAAAGAAUAAUGGAACACUUCGGUCGCCGGCAUCACCAAAAACCACAACAACAAAGACCUUUCCUAUAUCCCCCGCGACAGUUAACACAUGAGAACACUGAAAGACCCAUGAACAGGAGCGUUUCUCUCCACCAACCAACGAACAUGCGCGAUAUAAAACCCUCUUUACCACGAACCCCUUCCCCCACACUCCCAUCAACAUCACACCUUAAACCGACAUCCCACAACCAAGAUACACAGCCCAGGAUACACUACCAACCCACCCACAAGCGACCAGAAUGUCACACCGCGUCCCCGAGAUCCCCUGCUGGCGCGAUCGCAUUACCAGCCGUCUCCACCCGCUAGGCGACUACGGCCUGCUCGACAUCGUCCAACAGGUCCCGUGGGGCACCGACUCAACCAACACAGUUGACAUCCAGACCGUCGUGGCCUUCAUCCAGGGCCGGCCGUGCUUCUGGUUCAUCAAUGGCCCCAGCAGCGACCCCAGCUGGUACAUCACCAAGCUGCUGCUCUUCUGGCGCAGCGCGCUGGCGGACCCCAACUACCGCAUCCCGACGGCGAUGAUGCUGGCGGGCGGCGGCUGUCUCGGCGGCAACCAGGUCAUGUUCUGGACGUUCGAGGCGCGAGGCUCGGCGGGUGAAGGCGGGCAACGCGUCGCGACCCGGUGGCAGCGUCAAGGCCGCACCCAGUUCGACUGGUGGGCCGAUGAGUUCAUCACCACCCGGUUCUUCUUCGAUGUCGCCGACAAUGUGAAUGCCGUCGUCUGGCUGCCUCCAUCUGCUGCUGGUCUGCAGGAUACGAAGGGGGAGGGGGAGGGGGAGGGAGAGGGAGGGAGUGCGGUGGAGUCAGAGGGAGGUGGUGGUGAUACUGCUACUGCUUCUACCGCUUCGCCUGAAGGGACGCCGCGGCCGCUUGGAACCAUUGCGGAGGAUACCGGUGAGUAUUCCUCCAACGAUCCGGAGGAUAGUGGAUCUGCUAACGCUCGGGGAAGUGCAUGCCAGGCGGCGCGCGAACACGAUUUGAAUGAUAACGACGAUGACGCGGUGGGAUCCGCUGCUGCGUCGGAGACUUGGCGUAGUUGCGCGUCCACGGAAUACUUCUCUGCGGAGUCGAAAGGAGGAUAG